AUGAAAAACCAUACAAGGCAGAUAGAAUUUAUCCUUCUGGGACUGACGGGUAAUUCUCAGUUACAAAUUAUCAUUUUUUUCUUUCUUUUUCUAAAUUACCUGCUGAGUAUGAUAGGAAACUUAACGAUCAUUGUUCUCACUUUACUGGAUCCCCAUCUCAAGACCCCAAUGUAUUUCUUCCUUCGUAAUUUCUCUUUCCUGGAAAUUUCAUUCACCAGUGCUUGUAUCCCUAAAUUCCUAAUCACCAUUGUAACCAGGCAAAAGACCAUUUCCUAUAAUGGCUGUGUAUCUCAACUGUUUUUUUACAUAUUCUUGGGGGUUACAGAAUUUUUUCUUCUAGCAGCUAUGUCCUAUGAUCGCUAUGUCGCCAUCUGCAAACCUUUGCAUUACACAUCCAUUAUGAGAAGCCAAGUUUGCCAUAAGCUUGUACUCAGCUCUUGGGUGACUGCAUUUCUGGUCGUUUUCCCUCCAUUGAUUCUGGGUCUCAACCUAGAUUUCUGUGCUUCAACUAUCAUUGAUCAUUUCAUUUGUGAUAUUUCUCCUUUUCUGCAACUUUCUUGCUCAGACACCCAUUUACUGGAACUGAUAGCCUUUACCUUAGCUGUGCUGACUCUCGUCGUCACGUUGUUAUUAGUGGUCCUUUCUUAUUCUUGCAUCAUCAGGACAAUCCUAAAAUUCCCUUCAUCUCAACAAAAGAAAAAAGCCUUCUCCACCUGUUCUUCUCACAUGAUCGUGGUCUCCAUCACAUACGGCAGUUGUAUAUUUAUCUACAUAAAACCAUCAGCAAAUGAAAGAGUGACUUUAAGCAAAGGAGUUGCUGUGCUCAAUACUUCAGUUGCCCCUUUGCUGAAUCCUUUUAUUUACACUCUGAGGAACCAGCAGGUUAAAGAAGCCCUCAGAACUGCAUUUAGAAAGAUAUUUUGUGCUUUACACAAUUAA